CUCAUCUUACUGAAGAAAGAUGUCUGGACGAGGAAAGGGAGGAAAGGGGCUCGGUAAAGGAGGCGCAAAGCGUCACCGCAAAGUUCUCCGUGAUAACAUCCAGGGCAUUACCAAGCCCGCCAUCCGCCGCCUGGCUCGCCGUGGCGGAGUGAAGCGUAUCUCCGGUCUGAUCUACGAGGAGACCCGCGGCGUGUUGAAGGUUUUCCUGGAGAACGUGAUCCGCGAUGCUGUCACCUACACCGAGCACGCCAAGAGGAAGACCGUCACCGCCAUGGACGUGGUGUAUGCUCUGAAGAGACAGGGCCGGCGGUUCCCCAGUGGCCAGCUACACCUCAGGCAGGGCCGCAACAAAAUGGCAAGAACCAAGCAGACCGCCCGUAAAUCCACCGGAGGCAAAGCCCCCAGGAAGCAGCUGGCCACCAAGGCUGCGCGUAAGAGCGCCCCGGCCACCGGCGGCGUGAAGAAGCCUCACCGUUACAGGCCCGGUACCGUGGCUCUGAGAGAGAUCCGUCGCUACCAGAAAUCGACGGAGCUGCUGAUCCGCAAGCUGCCCUUCCAGCGCCUGGUGAGAGAAAUCGCUCAGGACUUCAAGACCGACCUGCGCUUCCAGAGCUCCGCUGUCAUGGCUCUGCAGGAGGCCAGCGAGGCCUACCUGGUCGGCCUGUUUGAGGACACCAACCUUGCCCUGUGUGUGGCUAUGUCUGGACGAGGAAAGGGAGGAAAGGGGCUCGGUAAAGGAGGCGCAAAGCGUCACCGCAAAGUUCUCCGUGAUAACAUCCAGGGCAUUACCAAGCCCGCCAUCCGCCGCCUGGCUCGCCGUGGCGGAGUGAAGCGUAUCUCCGGUCUGAUCUACGAGGAGACCCGUGGCGUGUUGAAGGUUUUCCUGGAGAACGUGAUCCGCGAUGCUGUCACCUACACCGAGCACGCCAAGAGGAAGACCGUCACCGCCAUGGACGUGGUGUAUGCUCUGAAGAGACAGGGCCGCACUCUCUACGGCUUCGGCGGAUAAACUCACUUUCCAACAGCUCAAC